CUUGACCCGGCGCGUCGACGCACCAGCGCUGACGCAUGCGCAUAGGCCCGCAGGGCCCGCCGGCGUUUUGGUUUUUUUUCUGGCGCAGACUCACGGCGGUGGCGUCUCCGCUCCACUGCACAAGCGCGGGCGGGGACGCAGGCGCGGGGCAAGGCACGCUGCUGGCCGGGUCUGGGCCGCUUCUUCCCAGAUUCAGCCACAAUAUGGCAACUCUUUUUAUAAGGAAAAUGGUGGUUUCUGCUGUGAACCCUCUCCUACAUCUGAGUCGUUACACAAUGACAAAUUACACAACGACACCCCGCGCGCUCUCCACGCUCCUGCUGGGUCCCCUGCGUGUUGCAGGCCCUGCAGGUGCGGAGCCCAGCGCAGCAAUGGCCUCUCCUCUCUCCUGCCAGCCCCUGCCCUUCCUGCAGCCGACUCUGGGGUUCAAGGACAAGGCCGUCCUCAAGAAGCGUUGCCGGGACUGUUACCGGGUGAAGAGGCGCGGGCGAUGGUACAUCUACUGCAAAACGCACCCAAGGCAUAAGCAGAGACAGAUAUAAAAAUAACAUGCAGGAUUGUGCCAUUUCCUUGGGUGACCUUAUCGAAGAAAAAUAAAAUGUAAACGUUCUGUUUUCUGAGA